AUGGCAUCCGAAGUGACCCCGUCGAGCUCCAAGGACGGCGGAAUCGGGCCUGCCUCGACUUCGAGCCCGGGAGGCUCUCGGAAUGCUCGAUUCCUGGACUCCUCCGGCUCGGAGGUGCCUCUGGGGAGCCUGUUUGGCCGCGAGGAUGGUCGUGCGCGUCUCACGCAAAGUCGACUCCCGCGAGGUGGGGAUGCCGCACCUGCUUGGUCCUCCAUGGAAGAGGAGGCUUCGUCCCGUGUGCUUGAAGGCGCAACAGCGCUGGAAUCGAGCGUUGCAGCUGUCGCCCAAGGCUUGUUCGUGGAAUCCCUUCAAGGGAAGGGGAUGCAGAUCCCUCGCGUCAUCGGCAAGGCUGGCGCUAUCAUCAAAGAGCUCCGGCAAGAGAGUGGGGCGAACGUGAACAUCUUGGACAAGCAGCUGCCCGAGGUGCUCCAGCGUCUGCAGUUCCACGUGGCCUUCGUCAAAGGAAGCCAUGAGGCUAUGCACGCCGCUGUGGUCGGGCUGGUGCGCAAUGCCCGGGGUCCGCAGGCACUUCGAGCGCUGGAGCCUUCCGAGGUCGGCGAGACGGAUGUGGCCUUCCUCGUCCCCGCGCAGUGCGAGCCAUACCUGGGUGAGGAACAGCUCACUGCCGAGACGCGUUGCGUGAUCCAUGUGGAGGUAAUGGAAGGCUUGCAGAAGCACCGAAAGGUGCUCCUUCGUGCCGAGGAGACCCACGACUUGCAGAUUGUCGCAUGGAGACUUCAGGAGCUGCAGAUUCGCAUGAGUCAAGCGGCCCUGCUGGUGGAUCGAGAUUUCGACCUCCAGGAUUCUGCCUGGGCAGGCGCCAUGGAGGCCUUCCGAGCCAAGCGCGCGCCCGAUGGUGUGCAGGCCGCUUCUCAGCAGGCGGCGGUGCCCUUAGAAAGGCUGCCGACCCUGCCCUGCGCAUCGGAGGGUAUCGAGCAGGAGGCCCGAAAGAGCCGCGAGGCGCAGCAGCGCGAAGUUGAGGCUGAGAAGGAGCGCGAGCGGAAGCGCCAGAUUCGGGAGACCACUGCGCGGGAGCAGCAAGAGUGCCAAAAUGCCGCACGUGAAGCAAAGAUGCUGGCGGACAAGGCCCGUGACAUGCGGCUCCGGGCCAUGGAGGCUACAUCAGCCGAUCAGCAUCAAUCUUGCAUUCGCGAGGCCGAGAGGUACGAGGAGCAAGCCCGGCAGGCCCGUGCCCGCAGCACGCGCGGGUACGGCACAGGCCCCCGAGCACAGCAGCACGAAUACCAGGAGGACGAAAACUGGGCCGCGGCCGCCCCGAAAGUUGCCGAGGAUGCAGAGGCGCAGGCGAUGCGCCGGCGGCACGAAGAGAGGGAGGAGCUGCGGAGGGAAAGCGAGCUCCGUGGCCAGCAGGCCAAGGAGAACGAAGCCCGAGAACGUGAAGUUUUGCAGCGAGCCGUCUCCAGCCUCGCGCAGGGGGGUGGCCACGUGCCUGACAGAGCUCAAGGCCCAGUGGCAUCGCCAUCGACUGUAGAAGACCGGCAAGCGAGGCAAAGUGAGAUCCUCGCAAACAGCUCCCGUGCUGCGCCGGCUGGGGCACUCGAGGAAGCCAGUCUCCGACCUGCUUCCGCGGUGCCACCUGUGGCCACAAGCGGAGGCAGAUGUCUGCACGGCCGUCCUGAACCCCAGGGAGCUCUAUCCCGGGAGCUGCAGGAUGUGGCGCUGUUCGUGUGCGUCCCGGACAGGAAAGCCGCUGAAUUCCUGGCGAGCAGCAAGCUUGGCAUAGGUCGUCGCAGCGGCGCCAAAGUGUCCGUGGCGGACAUGACCGGCUCGGGCCCGACGCUGCUGGAAUGCCGUGGUACGCCCUUAGCAAACGCCGUCGCGAGCUACUUGGUCCAGGAGGCGCUUUGGAUGCGUACGCGAGACGACGGAGUGCGACGUGACAUGGAGCUUCUGGAGGAGAAGCUCAUGCGGCAAGUCCUGCGGCUCCAGGAGCAGAGUGAACGCUUCAUGGACAUCAUGAUGCAUCCGCUGGAGGCGAAGGUUGCAGCCAUGGAGGGGCGACAGCCAGUCACAGAUUGCAGCAUCGCCGAGCUACGUGGCAACCUCCGUGGUCUCCAAGAGUCGCUGGAGAUGCAGGUGCGGCGUGCGGAGCAAACCGAGACGCGCCUGUCUAAAUGGCGGAAGAGUGUGGAGGAGGAUCUGCAGCAGAAGCAGGAGGAAAUGAAGCGAAAGUUCUCGGAGGCCGUUUCGAACUCGGACGUGGUCUCGCGAAACGAGCUUCUGGAGUUGGCCAAGCUUCUGAAGCAGGAGUUGAGGAAGGUCGUGGAUGAGACGCUGAAGGACGAGAAGCUGGCUACGCAGCAGGAUCUGGCAACUGCGACGGCGUCGAUGAGACGGGAGCUUGCAUCCGUUGAGAAGAUUGCCGCUGGAGCCGCUGCUCAGAAGGCGCUCGGCCAGCAGGAGCUUGCGAAUGCUGCAGAGGCCGUACGUGCAGAGAUGAAGACCUUGACGGAGCGGGCGGUCGCAGAGGAGGCACUGACAGUGGAGAAGUUCGCAGCGCUUGAUGCUGUAGAGAAGGCAUCCCAGGAGUCCCAGAAUGCGGUGGCCGAACUCGCAGCACGCCUUGUGCAAUGCGAGCAGAACGAGGAGGAGUUGCGACUGGCACUCCGGUCUGAGCGUGGUCUUCCCGAGGUUCUCGAUUCGCAGCAGACGUUGGAUGAGUUGGUUAGUCGCAUCGCGAAAUGCGAGUCCUUGCAGGAGGAGCUGAGCGAGCAAGUGAGUUCACCGCAGCGCUUUAAGGCCAGUGAGGCUUUAGAGGAGUCCCACCUUUCGCGGCGAAUGAGUCGACUUGAGCAGGAGCAGAUACAGAAAGGGCGCCAGAUCGCAUCGUCCAUCGAGGCCUUGGAAGCCGCGAUGCACGAAGGCUUGGCGAAGACCGAGAAGCUCGCUCAGGCGGCCGUUGCUGCUACCCAGCAUCCAGUCGAUGGCUCCGUCACACAUUCCGAGACCGAGGAGGUGGAAAUUUCCUACAAGGCUGCGAUUUCCGAGCGCCUGACGCAGAUAGAGGCGGCUGUUCAGGCCCUGCCCGGGCGCUUGACAAAGUGCGAGCAGCGCGGCGAGGAGCUGGAGCAUGACCUCGACAGUUUUCGACAGCUUCCUGCAGCACUUGAGGCGUGCCAGAAGCAUGCCCAAGCCCUGACGGAGCGGGUUGCGCAGUGCGAAGAGCUAUCAGAGGCGAUCAACACACAAGCCCAUGUGCUGUCGGAACGGGUGGCAAUGUGCGAACAGCUGCCAGAGACCGUGUCCAGCAAACCCCAGCUCCUGUCAGAGAGGGUGGCGCACUGCGAAGAGCUCUCAGAGGCAUCCAGCAAGCAGGCCCAAGUGCUGUCCGAGCGAGUGGCGCAGUGCGAACAGCUGUCACAGGCGGUUGACACCCUUGUGGCCCGCCUGGAGAAGUGCGAAAGACAUGCGGCAGACGGAGAUGUUCUUGCCAGGCUCCCGGAUGCUGACGUCGACCACCCGAACCUUCCUGGUCAGGCCUUCGCAGAAGACGGCUCUCGGGCUCUCGCCCGGGUUACUUCAAGGCUCGACUCGCUGGAGGUUCAGCAGCGUGCCAGUGAGGCUGGCCUCGCCACCACGAAGCGAUUGAACGAGGAGAUGGAAAGCUCAAUCAUGCAGAGGCUGGAAGCACUGGAGGCGGAGCCGACGAAGAAGGUGGAUGCCGCCGAGCCUUCCGAUUCUCAGGUGCUGUCCGACACGCAGCUGAUGCUCUUGGAUCUGCAGCGACGGGUCUCUCUUCUGGAGCAUUCCCUGCCGUCUCAAGGAGCACGCGAGAACGGAGAAAGCGGAGAGGUGGUGGCUGUGGAACCAACCCCAAGGACGGCCACUCUGACCCAUGCUGCAGAGCUCAUGGAGCAAAUGGAGCUGGACCUGAAGCACGCGAGGGAAGCUGCAGGGCUGGAUUCGACACCCGGGAUGCCUACCAACGAUGCCGGCACACCUCGGGCACUCCCUCCCUUGGCAGCCAUGAAAGUGCUUGCUUCCCCGAGACUUUUGCAGCUGUCGAUGACCCCUCGCCUGACGUCCAGCACUGCGCAGCAAGAUGCCGCUGUUUGCAGCACUUCGUCAGCCAUCUUCGCCCGAGAUCAAGUCGACAACCCCGGUCUCGAGUUGCGUGCCGAGAUCGCCGCAGUGUGGGAUGCCGUUGCUGAACUUGCGGAGAUCGUCGGCGAUGCAGCUCCUCCCGGAGCCGUACGCCUGGCUUCGAACACUGGCUCAGGCGCCAUUCAGAGCAUGGCCAGCGCGGCUGUCGCCGGAGUCCAGAGUUGCGAGAGCCGCAUCGAUGGCUUGAGGGGUGAAGUGACUGAGCUCGCCUUGCGACUUGCUGGCCUCGAGCGACAGUCAAGCACCCGCGAGGCAGUUCCGGAUGAGACCCUCGCAACGUUCGACGUGAGGGGCAAUGCCAUGUUCCAUCCAGAUGUGGAUGAAAGUCUUUCGGCUGCGACUGCUGGCCUAAGCCAACAGGUGCCCUCAUUAGAACAUUAG